AUGUCUCUCCUUGACGCCAUCGCCGCCGUCGAUGGCUUCCCCUACGACAACCUCCAGGGCUACAAAACGCUUCGAGGCCACGAUGGCACCGCCUUAGGCUAUGUCACCGAAGCGAUCGCAAAGCAUUUCGUUGACGAACCGGCAUUCUCCGUCACCGAUACCGAUAUCACGUUGGACGCCCAAUACGACAGCGUGGACAAGCGCAACCAGGUGUUCGCUGAUCUCGGUGCCCGCUGGCGCCAGCGAGAGCUGUUGGACGCGUUGUUGAACCGGCGGUGGCGCGAUGAGCUCUACACUGUAUUUGGUGCCGACCACAACGUCUACGUGUUGGUAGAACGGGCGCUCCUGACGCUUUUAGGAGUGGUAACUUACGGGGUUCACGUCAAUGGCUACCAAAAGAAAGACGGUAAGAUCUACUUGUGGGUACCUCGGCGCAGUGCUGACCGGCCGAUGUGGCCUGGGCUUUUGGAUAACACUGUCGCUGGCGGGUUGGGCUAUCCUCACGGUGUUGAAGCUACUUUGAUCAAAGAGGCGAUGGAGGAAGCUGGAAUUGAAGAACAAUACGUUAGAGACCACGCCACAGCCGCGGGAGUGGUGUCGUACUGUUAUUUGGCUGAAGGCAACAUUGUCCAACCAGAAGUGGAGUACAUUUAUGACUUAGUGUUUGAUGAUGAAACCAAGCCUAAGCCAGUGGACGGGGAACUGGAAGAUUUCCAGUUGAUGGAUGUGGAUACAGUUAUCGCCAAGAUUCGUCAAGGGGAAUUUAAACCCAAUUGUGGCCUCGUGAUUAUCGAUUUCUUGAUUCGUCACGGCAUCGUCACCGCUGAAAAUGAACCAAAAUACUUAGAGAUCGUCCAACGAAGCCACCGCCGCAUGCCCUUCCCGACAAGAUGA